AUGGCGGCGCGAGACAAGAUGGCGGCAGCUGCCCUCAGCAAAGAUGGCGGCCGGGGCCUCGCCCCCAAUUCCCGGCGCGGCGCCUUUAAGAGCCCCGGCACGUGCGGCCCCACGUGCUCGCGGCCCCUCCGGCUUUGGCCGCACCCCAUUGGCCAAAACUGGGUCAAGCUCCGCCCGCCGCGGGCCUCCCCAUUGGCUCAAUCCCCCCCGAGCCCCCCGCCCCCGAGAGGCCGCCCGGAGGAGCUGCGGCCGCAGCCCAUCGCCCGCAAGGCCCGCAAGGUGCACGUGCCCGAGGAGCAGAAGGAUGAGAAGUACUGGAGCCGGCGCUCGCGGAACAACGCGGCGGCCAAGCGCUCGCGGGACGCGCGGCGGCUGAAGGAGAACCAGAUCUCGGUGCGGGCGGCGUUCCUGGAGCGCGAGAACGCCGCGCUGCGCGUCGAGGUGGCGGCGGCACGCCGCGAGCUCCAGCGCUUCCGCGGGAUCCUGGCGCGCUACGAGGCCCGGCACGGGCAGAUCUGAGCGGAGCCGGGGGUCGGGACGGCUCCGGGUGACCCCAAACCGCCAGCGAGGAUUCGGGAGCGCACGGAGAGCCGGGAGAGCCCG